AGUGGGCGUGACUGCUUCUUACCUGCUUUGCUGCAUUCUCUAGCUCUUGUAGCUAGCCAGCGAAGUAACUGAAGGAUCUCGGCCUGCUAACACAGUAGCUCACUGAGUCUUGUGCUGUGUACCUUUGUGAAUAAUGGCUGGGUUCAUUGAGUACAUCAACUCUCUACCAUCUCUCCUCACUCAACUGAGCUCUACAUCAAAGCUACGCGUAACCAUCGGUAACGAAUCAUGUGAUCUCGACUCUAUUGUGUGUGCCCUAUCGUAUGCUCACUAUUGGGCCGUUACCGGGGGAAACGACUGGAUCAGCUUGCCGCUGUUGUCGUGCCGACGAGACGAAUUUGUCCUACGUACUGAAGCCGUUGAGGUGUUCUCUCAAGUGGGCGUCCAAUCAGAUUGCCUGAUAUUUGCUGAUGAUCUUCCCUUGGAUAAACUCAAGUCUACAGAAUGUCUUGAGGUGACAUUGGUAGACCACAACCACUCCAGUAGCCGUUUCCCUAGCAACAGUGUGGUUCAAGUGAUAGACCACCACGAGUUGUCUCCGAGUACGUGUGUGGGGUGUGAGGGUGUGAGGGUGACUGUGGAGUGGGUGGGCUCUUGUGCUACACUAACAGCAGCACAGCUCCUCUCCAACCCACAGAGCUACUCCAUAUCCCCGACAGUAGCCACACUCCUACUAUCAGCCAUACUACUAGACACUGGGGACCUUCUGUUGGAGGGCAGAGUGACAGACAGUGAUAAAGAAGUGGCCGGACAGCUACUCGAAAGCAUGCCUGAAGGAUUUGACAGCCAUGCUCAUUUCAAGACAUUGUUUAAAGCUCGGUUUGACAACUCCACACUGACCUCUAUGCAGGUACUGGGACGAGACUUCAAACAAACUCGCGUAUCUGACAAAUAUUCUAUCGGUUUUUCUUCAGUGACUGAUAGUUUGGUUGAGUUUGUCUCACGAGAUGGUUUUAAGGAAGAUAUAACAGCCUUCUAUCAGCAGCAAUCCCUCGAUGUUCUCAUAUUGCUGGGGAUUUAUGCUCCGAGUGGUGACCAUGACAACAAGAGGCGUCAUAUUGCCGUCUACCAAUCAGAUGGAGAGUUGCCCGAGAGCAUUGUGAGUAUGCUUGAAGCCAGCGAGCAGUUGCAGUGUGUGCGUGUGGAGGGGGUUGGAUUUGAGGGCGUCCUUUUAGAGCAACGCAAUGUUAAGAUGUCCCGGAAGCACAUCCUCCCGCUAGUGGCUCAGUUUGUGGCAGAUGUGGAGCGAGGGCAUUCACCGGGUGCCACUCCUGCGGUCCCGCUUGAGCCUGUGGUUACCGUGGUAACAGCACAAGGGGAAGUCCCUAUCCCGGAGUAUUCCACUCAUGAAGAAGCUGAGGAAGUGCGAGCACAUCGACUCGUUAGUGUGGGUGGGGCUGAGCAUGUCAUCGACAUGACACUAGUAGAGCCAUACAGGAACAUCAUACAACAUGCAGGUUAUGUGGGGGAGGAGCGUCUUGCUGUGAUGGUGGUGUCUUCCUGCCACCUUCCUCCUAGAACACUGCACAACUAUAAGCAAGUUGCUCAGGAAUUAUUCUACUACGUGAUGAGUGUGUUGGACCGGAUCAUAGUUGACCAGUAUAUGAUAGUCUACCUGCACAGUGGGGCUCCCCCCAACAGUCGACCAUCGCUACAACUGCUGCGACGCUUCUAUGAACUUGUGGACAGAAGGUUUCGUAAGCAGCUCACUGCUCUCUACAUUGUCCACCCCACCUUCCUAGUCAAGAGCAUCCUCACACUAGCAAGACCUUUCAUCAGCUCAAAGUUUUGGCGUAAGGUGCACUUUGUACCCACCCUGUCGGAGCUCCCAGCCCAGGUUGCCAUUGACGACGGCCUUAUCCCUACAGCUGUAAAGAAUGCUGACUCAGCAAUUACAAGGCACCGCCCUCCUGCUGUCAAAUACAGCCCCUCUGAGACCAAGGGAAACUAACCCCAUACACACAUAUUAUACAUAAUUAUGAACCUGCUAUUGUAGCCAUUAAAUUUUAGUCUUUUUCAACUGAUUUUUAAAUCUUUAUAUAAUGAUAGUGUGAAUGUGCACAUUAUUAAAUUUUUUGCCAAUAAAUAAACAAUUUUUUGAUAAUUAAACAAUAAGAA